AUGGAGGAUGAUCAUCAGCCUCCACCAGACAAGGCAUCCUCGGGUGAACAAGGAGCAAGAUCCUAUGACUGCACCUUUUGUAAGAGAGGUUUCUCCAACGCACAAGCCCUGGGUGGCCACAUGAAUAUUCAUCGUAGAGACAAAGCUAAGCUCAAACAUGCUUCUCCAACUCAUGAAAAUGCCCUACAAUCUUCGGACAUCUCGAAGACCAUCCCCUCGUAUUCUCCGAAACAUCCAAGCUCCACAACUAGUAAAGACGAAAGCAGCCAUGGAAGGUGGCCUUGGGUUCUUCAGGAUGAUGAUGAUGAUGAUAGCCAAAUAGACAAAAUCACUCGAAUCCGAAAACUACCUUUAUUCGAUGAAAAUCCGGGCAAUCAAGUUCAAGAGGGUAUCAAGAAAGAGUUUUCAUCGAACCAGAGUUCGUCAAUAUCUGAAGUGGACCUUGAACUUAGGCUGGGACCUGAACCUAAGGAUUCAUCAUCACCAAGGAUACUCAAAAAGUUCUUUUAAGUUCUAAAUAAUAUCAAUAUCAUAUCAUGGAUUCAUGGUACGUUUUCCCCCCUCCCU